GGAGGAAGAGAAGAGGAAAACUGGAGAUGGAGAGUAGCAGUGAGUUGCAGAGAGGUUCAAACCCUAGCAAUGGAGGACCCAGAAAGGAGGAAGAGAAGCCGAAGGUGUUGGUGAUUAUGGGUCCAACAGGUUCAGGCAAAUCACGGCUGGCCAUUGAUUUGGCAGCCCAUUUUCCUAUCGAGAUAAUCAAUGCUGAUUCCAUGCAGGUCUAUGAAGGUCUCGACGUCCUCACCAAUAAGGUCCCGCUCCAUGAACAAAAGGGAGUGCCGCAUCAUCUGUUGGGUACUGUAAGCCCGAACGUGGAAUUCACUGCUAAGAGCUUUCGUGAUUCUGCUAUUUCUAUCAUUAAUGGCAUUUUUUCACGCAAAUGCUUGCCAGUCAUUGUUGGAGGUACGAAUUACUAUAUACAGGCUCUUGUUAGUUCAUUCCUUAUAGAUGAUUCAUUAGAAGAUGUGGAUGAAAUAUGUUCAACUGAUCCUUCUGAAGAUGAGCAGACUGAUUGUGGGCCUGACUUUAGAAGACAAAGUUGCAACUACAGAAUUCAUCUGAAUAACCAUCAAGAUUAUGGGGAUAACUUUGGGAGAGACAGUUGCAACUAUGACAUUCUCAAAGACCUUGAUCCAGUUGCAGCUAACAGAAUUCAUCCGAAUAACCAUCGAAAAAUUAAUCAAUAUCUUGAUCUGUAUUCUCGAACUGGUAUCCUGCCCAGUGAGCUUUAUCAAGGAAAGGCUGCAGAGAACUGGGGUCAAGUUGGUGAUUUUAGAUACAAUUGCUGUUUUAUAUGUGUUGAUGCGGCAAAUCCAGAACUAGAUCAAUAUGUAGAACAGAGAGUAGACUGCAUGAUAGAUUCUGGGUUGCUUGGUGAAGUCUACAACAUUUACAAUGUGAAUGCAGAUUAUACUCGAGGAUUGAGGCAGGCCAUUGGUGUCAGAGAAUUUGAAAAUUUUCUUAGAAUUUACCUCUCUGGAGUCAGGACUAAUGAUGCUAGUGAUUCUUCAAAGGACUCCCCAUCAAUGCUUUCAACAAGGGUGGGUGAUAAAAUGUUGAAGGAGAACAUAAGGGCGAUACUAAAUUCCUCCAAUGACAAUCAACAUAAAAUUCUCCUAGAAGAUGCUAUUGGCAAUGUAAAGGCAAAUACACGAAGACUUGUUCGUCGUCAAAAAAGGAGGCUCAAGCGGCUCCAAGCAUUGUUUGGAUGGACCAUUCACUAUGUUGAUUCUACAGACUCAAUUUCAGGCAAAUUGGAUGAGUGCUGGGCAGAACAAGUGGUAGAACCUGCUGCUAAAAUUAUCAGAUCUUUCCUUAAUGAAGAUGCAAGGUCAGAGCUCAAUCUGGAGGAGACAAACAAAACUAAAACAAAUUCAAUCCAUAGAGAUCUAUGGACACAAUAUGUAUGCAAGGCUUGUGGAGAUAGGACACUGCGGGGAGCACAUGAGUGGGAACAACAUGUACAAGGGCGAGGCCAUCGAAAACGUGUCUCUCAUCUCAGGAAGCUUCGAGACGUCCCUGCUUAGCAAUAGCAGCAUCACAACAAGAAUUAAAACUCCUCCUAGUUGUAAUGAAUGAUUGGGUUCACUGAUUGCUCUGAUUCUGUGAACUGGAAUGAACAGUACUUUUCGUUGGAAUGUAUCAACAACGACAAAUAUAAACGUGAUACAUCUUUAUAUUAAGCUUUCUAAUAAGGAUAUGUUUUGUCGAGCAUAAAUAUUGUUGGGUAUG